AUGGCUGACUCGCAGGGCUCUGUUCACCUCCCCGGAGCUGCUGCUGCUGCUCCAGCCUCCGUCAAAAGCGCGCUCGGCAAGCCGACCGAGGCGAAGGCAGCGCCGGACAACCGCUCCCAGUCUUCCCGGGAUUUCAACCAGUCGCCGCCGCCCAAGAAGGUCCGAGUCGAGGAGACGAGCGUUAAACCCAAGAAACUCAGCAGGGAAGGAGGAGUGGGAGGCAACGGUAGCGGCAAAGAGAAACUCCAGCAGCAGCAGCAGCAGCAGCAGCCCGCGAAGCAGCAGAGUUAUGGCAGCAGCAGCAGCAGCGCGGGUUUGUGGAGCUUCAGCCCGGUUAAGACAAACAGCAGCGGCGGCGGCGGCGGCAGCACCAGCACCAACCCCCCGGUGCCUGCUACCGGUGGAUCCCAGCCGCACAAAGUCUUCAAACAGAGCGAUUUCUUCCUCCACAAAGCGCCUUCUUCCUCCAAACUCAAGAAACCGAGUAAAGAUAAACAGCGGGAAAAAGAGAAGGAGAAGGGGAAAGGCGGCGGGGAGGAGAAAAAGAAACAUAAACUAUUGCUGACCUCCGGACCCGGGAGUACCGCCAGCAGCAACAACAACGUUAUCAGCAGGUUUAACAACGUUUCUGCGGUGAAGAGAGAAAAUGGAGAGGUCACGUUGCCACCCAAAGAGCACUCCACCAAGGACAAGGCGAAGGAGAGGGAGCGAGAGGAGAGGGAGAAGAAGAAGGUCAAAGAACGAGAGCGAGAAAAGGAGAAGAAGAAGCACAAAGUGAUGAAUGAGAUCAAGAGGGAGAACGGAGAAGUCAAGCAGCCGAUUAAAGAUGAAAAAGAGAAAGCCAAGAUCAACUUAGAAGAGCUGCAAAUCAAAAAAGUGAAGAAGAAAAAGAAGAAGAAACACAAAGAGGGGGAGAAGCACAAGCGGGUGAAGAUGUACCACCGCUCCUGCCAAACCGUUUGUGCCGGCCUGCUUCUCCUCCCUGGCUCCUCUUCUUCCCCCAACUCUUCUUCCUCCUCCACCGAAUUGACAAACAACUCCUCCCUGUCUCCGUUUAAGUCCCCUCUACCAGUUUACCCGAACAACAAAACUCAUCUCCUGCCCUCUUCGCCUACUCUUGCCUCCAAAUCCCUCUUUAACUCCUCUCUCCAGAACUCUCUCAACUCUCCAUCGUCCUGCACCAAGAUGCCUGUCCCUCCUCCAGCCAAACACCACCCGCAGUGCACCUAUCCUGGCAUGGCGGGUCUGGAGUUUGCCCCGUACAUUCACAUAGAGAACCAGCCUAACGGAGGAGCCCUCGUGGCUCACGCCUACACCUCCCAGCUCUCCUCUCUCUCGGUGGACCAGAGGCAGAGAUUCGCCCAGGAGUUUGUCACCUUGGCGUUCAGUGAGGACUCAUCCCAGGCUGCUCAUUAUGUCAUGGGAAUUAUCCACGGAGAAGCCAGCUACCUACCGGACUUCUUGGAUUACUUCUCAACCAAGUUCCCGUCAGCUCCUGUCAAAAUGGAAAUACUCGGAAAGAAGGACAUAGAAACCACCACUAUGGUUAAUUUCUACUCUCAGGUGAAGAAGACGUACAGUCACGGUACGUACAGAGCCGGGGCAAUGAGACAGAUCAGCCUGGUGGGAGCCGUGGACGAGGAGGUCGGGGAUUAUUUCCCAGAAUUCCUCGGCAUGCUCGAGGAGUCACCUUUCCUGAAGCGGACUCUUCCGUGGGGAACGUUCUCCAGUCUGAGGCUGAUGAGUCCCACAGAGAGCGACGACGGUCCUAUAAUGUGGGUCAGACCAGGAGAACAGAUGAUACCUGUAGCUGAUAUACCAAAGUCUCCUUUUAAAAGAAAACGCUCCACCAAUGAGGUGAAGAACCUGCUGCAGUCGCUGCCCAGGACCAGCGAGCCCAGAGAGAUGCUGUUCGAGGAUCGGACUCGGGCCCACGCCGACCACAUCGGACAGGGAUUCGAGCGUCAGACCACAGCGGCCGUGGGGGUGCUGAAGGCUGUGUGCGCUCUGGAAAGCUCGGAGCCUCCUCGCGUUACCAAAGAUGUUAUAUGUUUCCACGCUGGUGAUUUCCCUUAUGUAGUUCAGAGGCUGCAGUUGGACCUUUAUGAACCCCCACUGUCUCAGUGUGUGCAGUGGGUGGACGAUGCCAAACUAAACCAGCUGCGGCGGGAAGGCAUCCGCUACGCUCGCAUCCGCCUGUGCCACGAUGACAUCUACUUCAUCCCCCGCAACGUGGUCCACCAGUUCAAGACCGUGUCGGCUGUCUGCAGCCUGGCGUGGCACAUCCGCCUACAGCAGUACCACCAAGGAGAGGGAGCUGAGGAGGAGGUGAAGGAAGAAGAGGAGGAGCUGAAGGAGGAAGAGGCAGAAGCAGUGGUUCUGGAGAAAAAGGAGGAAGAAAGAGAAAAGAAGAGCGAGAAAGAAGCGAAGGAGAGGAUAAAGGAGGAGGACGAGGAGGUGGAUGUGGCAGAAAACAGGACGUUGCCGACUGCCAAAAAGGAGAAACGUGAUGAUAAAUCUCCACCUCUGUCGUCUCAGGCUGCUCUCUCAGCGGACUCCAGCGUCAGCAGCGCAGGAGUCAAAGAGGAGGUGACGAAGAGGGCGAAGCAAGACGGAAGAGUCAAACGGCAGGAUUCACCUCCUGCAAAAGUGAAGGCAGAACGUCCAGCUGCUCCUCCCUGCAAGAACGACUCCCCUCUCUCCGUGUCCCCUCCCUCGUCUCGUCAUCAGGACACAAAGCCCAAAGCGUCGUCAAAGUCUCAUCACCACCACCAUCAUCAUCACUCAGACAGCAGAACAAUGUCUUCCAGUACAAGUUCCUCGUCUUCUCACUCGGCUCCCAAACCAUCCCUCUCUCCACCUUUUUCUAAGUCUUCCGCCUCUUCGUUUUCUCCAGGAUCUUCUGUUACAUCUUUGCACACUUCUUUUGCAGCUCCCCAUCCAUCUUCUACCUCUUCUCCUUCCGCUGUCCUGUCCACGUCCUCCUCCACGUCCUCUUCAUCCCCGAUUUGGCCCAAGCCUACAGCGGACGCCAAUCUCUGCACACGCCCUCCUUCCAGCGUUUCGUCAUCUUCCUCUCAGUCGGAUCAACCCAAGGACAAAGACCGCCUAAAGCCGGACGUCCUUUCAGACACACGGACGCAGGCAUCACCUGCUGUGGAUGUACAGACUCACACCUACCAGGCCGACACACGGACGCACACAGCGGCCGACACACGGACACAAACACUCCCAGAGAAAUGGACUCACAGUUUGGACUCGGACUCCAGGUCAUCUGUGGAUUUGCAAAUGCAUCCGCCGCAGGAUAGGCAAGGAAUUUACAUGCAGCAAUACACACCCCAGCACCUCCCUCCUCCUCCUCCUCCUCCUCACCUCCCUCAGAUGCUUCCUCCCUCCUUCUCCCCUCUCCUGCCACACUCCCACCUCCCUCACAGACCUCCAGUCCUCCCCCCAAACCCUCUCUCCACACAAACUCUGCAUCCGGUCCACAUGGGCCAGCUCCACCUGCAUCCCCCCCACCAGCCCAACAUCAGCACGCAGUCGCAGUCCUACUUCCAGCCUCCGCUAAUCGCCUCCCCGCCUCCGCCCAACAGUCCCCUCACCAGCGCCCAGCCUCUCCCACCACACCUUCCUCACCUGCACCAGUUUGCCAGAAGCUUCUUCCCCCCUCAGCACCCCGGCUUCAGCUCUCACCCCUUCCUCCCUCCUCAGCCGUACCUCCCGCAACCACCCGGCUCUUACCCUCUGCAGCCACCGUACCAAACCUCAGCGCCGGUGCAGGUCCAGCUCCCUCUGCCACAGGCUUUCCCUCACCCCCCUCCCCCUCCGACCUCCUCGCCGCCUCCCCCUCCGCCGCCUCUUCCCCCUCCUCCUCCCCCUCAGCCUUCCCCCUCUGUGCUCUCCCCUCCCCCAAAGCAUGAAGAGGAGCAGAUUUUAUAG